CCCCUCGGCGUGAGCCGGUGACCGAGCGCGGGGCCGAGCGCGAGGCGGCCGUGGCCGAGUGCGUGGUGGGUGCUCCAUAGAGGGUUGAAUGAAUAAAUGGAUGAAAACAGAUUUUAGAAUAACAAGUGUUCAAGAAUAACUUGGUUUAGAAUAACCCGGUUUGUCCAGAUGAAACAUCAGUUAAUGUUAGGAGUGUGAGGAGGAGGCUGUCUGUGUCAUUAUGUGCGCGUCGGUCAAGUACAACAUCCGGGGUCCGGCCCUCAUCCCGAGAAUGAAGACCAAGCACCGAAUCUAUUACAUCACCCUCUUCUCCAUCGUCCUGCUGGGCCUCAUCGCCACGGGCGUGUUUCAGUUCUGGCCGCACUCCAUCGAGUCCGCCAGCGACUGGAGCGUGGAGAAGCGCAGCGUCCGUGACGUGCCGCUGGUCAGGCUGCCGGCCGACAGCCCGGUCCCCGAGCGCGGCGAUCUCAGCUGCAGGAUGCACACGUGUUUCGACGUCUACCGCUGCGGCUUCAACCCCAAGAACAAAAUCAAGGUGUAUAUCUACUCUCUGAAGAAGUACGUGGACGACUCCGGGGUCCCAGUCAGCAGCACCAUCUCCCGGGAGUACAACGAACUGCUCACGGCCAUCUCGGACAGUGACUACUACACUGACGACAUCGGCCGGGCCUGCCUGUUUGUCCCGUCCAUCGACGUGCUUAACCAGAACACGCUCCGCAUUAAGGAGACGGCGCAAGCGCUGGCCCAGCUCUCUAGGUGGGAUCGAGGUACAAACCACCUGCUGUUCAACAUGUUGCCUGGAGGUCCCCCAGAUUAUAACACGGCCCUGGAUGUCCCCAGAGACAGGGCUCUGUUGGCUGGUGGUGGCUUUUCUACGUGGACCUACCGACAGGGCUACGACGUCAGCAUUCCUGUCUACAGUCCGCUGUCUGCUGAGCUGGACCUCCCAGAGAAGGGGCCCGGUCCACGGCGAUACUUCCUCUUGUCAUCUCAGAUGGCUCUCCAUCCCGAGUACAGAGAGGAGCUGGAGGCCCUCCAGGCCAAACACGGAGAGUCGGUGCUGGUGCUGGAUAAAUGCACCAACCUCUCCGAGGGCGUCCCAUCCAUGCGGAAGCGCUGCCACAGGCACCACGUCUUCGAUUACCCCCAGGUGCUGCAGGAGGCUACCUUCUGUGUGGUCCUUCGUGGGGCUCGGCUGGGCCAGGCGGUAUUGAGUGACGUCUUGCGGGCUGGCUGUGUCCCAGUUGUCAUUGCAGACUCCUACAUUCUGCCUUUCUCUGAAGUUCUUGACUGGAAGAGAGCAUCUGUGAUUGUGCCAGAAGAAAAGAUGUUGGAUGUGUACAGUAUUUUGCAGAGCAUCCCCCAAAGACAGGUUGAAGAAAUGCAGAGACAGGCACGGUGGUUCUGGGAAGCGUACUUCCAGUCGAUUAAAGCCAUUGCCCUGGCCACCCUGCAGAUUAUCAAUGACCGCAUCUACCCGUACGCUGCCAUCUCCUAUGAAGAAUGGAAUGACCCUCCCACCGUGAAGUGGGGUAGUGUGAGCAACCCCCUCUUCCUCCCACUGAUCCCACCACAGUCGCAAGGUUUCACCGCCAUCGUCCUCACCUACGACCGAGUGGAGAGCCUCUUCCGGGUUAUCACUGAAGUGUCCAAGGUGCCCAGUCUCUCCAAGCUGCUGGUCGUCUGGAAUAAUCAGAAUAAAAACCCGCCAGAAGAUUCUCUCUGGCCCAAAAUCCGGGUUCCGUUAAAAGUUGUGAGGACCGCUGAAAACAAGUUGAGUAACCGUUUCUUCCCUUAUGAUGAAAUCGAGACAGAGGCGGUCCUGGCCAUUGAUGAUGACAUCAUUAUGCUGACUUCUGAUGAGCUACAGUUUGGUUAUGAGGUUUGGCGGGAGUUUCCUGACCGGUUGGUGGGUUACCCGGGUCGUCUGCAUCUCUGGGACCACGAGAUGAGUAAGUGGAAGUACGAGUCUGAGUGGACAAACGAGGUGUCCAUGGUGCUCACGGGGGCAGCUUUCUAUCACAAGUAUUUUAACUACCUGUACACCUACAAGAUGCCUGGGGAUAUCAAGAACUGGGUGGAUGCCCACAUGAACUGUGAGGACAUCGCCAUGAACUUCCUGGUGGCCAACGUCACGGGGAAGGCCGUCAUCAAGGUAACUCCACGCAAGAAAUUCAAGUGUCCUGAGUGCACAGCCAUCGAUGGGCUUUCGCUCGACCAGACGCACAUGGUGGAGAGGUCUGAGUGCAUCAACAAGUUUGCUUCCGUCUUUGGGACAAUGCCUCUUAAGGUGGUGGAGCACCGAGCUGACCCUGUCCUGUACAAAGACGACUUUCCCGAGAAGCUGAAGAGCUUCCCCAACAUCGGCAGCUUAUGAAGCACGCCAUCGAUGAAGGCCGGAAUGUUAAGCUGCGACAGAGGAAGAGAACACGGUGUCCCCAGCGCUCUGAUAUCAGGGCGGGGGAUUUUAGAGCGGAAGAUUGACCUACUGGAUCUUGGCACCUAACCUGCUUUCUCAGGAACAGCAGGAACCUAGAGAGAAUAUCUAAGCACCUUGAGCUGUGCCUCCUCUGUUCCAGUGUUUCUCAUGAUCUCCACUGGGUUCUUUGUGAAAAUGCCAAAGGGAAGCCUUUGUGGCAUGCUCCCGGUUUAAAUCCAGCUCAGGUCCAAUAUAACAAUCUGAAAGGCAACUUCCGUGACUGUAAGACUGCUGAGAAGAGAAACCCACCAGCCCAUUUAAGAUGUGGGGACUCGUGUAAAAGGGACCCAUAUCUCACUUGGGUUAUUUCAUAUCAGUGAGUUCUUUGGAGGAAAAGCCAUGCCCAGAAUUUGGUGCAAAAUCCGAACAUCUUUGCGGGACUUGAUAGGUGCCUUUGGACCUGGGGCCCUGGACUCGUGCAGGGGAAAAGCACCGACUGCUGAGUUGGGGUCUGUGAGUUCCAUGAACUAGUCCUCUUCGGUUUGGCUUUUUGAUAUGAUUAAAAUUAUUUUUAUUCCUUUU